AUGAUCUUGGAUAUUCGUAAGCUAGGCAACGGCCCGUGUCCUUCUCGACCUGUGCAUCAGCAUGCACAUUUCUGUGUCCGAGCAUUUCAUCUUUUGCUAACAUAUCCAGUUUACUCUUUGUUCUUUUUACUUAUCAUCUAUCUUCAACUUAUGGAUCUGAUACUUUAUGUCAAAAUACGGUCAAGAGGACCAUUAGAUUUCGAUGCAACGAUCGCAAACAAAACCAAUUCAGAUCUCAUCAAUCAAAAUUCGAAUUCGAUUCAAAUCUUCAAUUCACUACCAGUGAAAAAAAUUAUGGUUGGCCAAACGACUCAAUUUAUCCGCGAACCAUUGGCUGAAUGUCUCGAAUCAAAACUGUUUUUCACAUAUUAUUUUCCAAUGAUUUCAGCCAACGCUGUUUCAUUUUUCCACUGCUUUCUUUCAAUAAUCUCAAUCAAAUUCUUCUCAAGCGAAUCUUUAUUUCGACGACAAAUCGGUGUUGUAAUCUUUCAAAUUCGUAGUUUUCUCGAUUGCCUCGAUGGUGUCGUUUUUCGUGCACACAUGAAAAACCAACGAUAUAAAUCUUACUAUGGUGAUAUAGGAUAUUAUGUCGAUGCAUUGAGUGAUGUCCUAGGUGGCAUAUGUCUUAUCGUUGGUUGUUUGCUUUACUUUUUCAAACAACGACCAGCUAUUCGGUCAAAAUCACGACAACUGUUACCAGCAUCAACGCGAUCCAGUCCGACACUCGAUAUUGGAUCGGAAGAAUCCGAAUUGAUGAUCUUAAAUCUCGAAGAUGAACAAAAAGAAAUGAAUAAUAUUACAUUCGAAUCUAAAGCCAAAAUAGUGCUUGUAUUAAGUAUUUUCUCCCUACGAUAUUCCUUGUCUGCCCUGUUUUGGGAUCGGUCUGUACGAUUUUACGAAGAUCUACUUGAUUCGUAUACAAAAAAACCUCAACAACAAGCUCUGCAGUUAGCUCUGCUCCAUUCUCCAUUGACGAUCCUGAUAUUUUACCUAUGGCGGUAUUUAAGCGCGAUAAGCAUGCAAGAUUUUCUUUUAUUCGCGAUAUUUUUCGAUAGAACCUGGGAGUUCAUUCAAAAAACAAAUCUGAUCGGUUGGAUAUGUUUAAUUUCUGCGACAUUUCUCACUGAACUGCAUAUUGACCAAAUACAAUCGUUAUUUUCUAUCGUUUGA